AUGAAGGCUUUCAUCAUCCAAGGGCUUGAGCCACUGCAUGUGUCUACAGUAAUGCCACUAGGGAGUAUCUCUGAGGCAGAGAACUGCGGCUACGUGGAGCACCGAAGGCGACAGUUAAUAGCUCUGGCUCAUUGUAACUUAAACAAUGAUAUCGCUCUAAAGUUUCUGCACAUCAUUAUACGGCGGCUUCCAAAGAGGAUCCCGGCCAUGUGUAGCGGUUGUGACUCAUACCUGACAAUUUGA